AUUUUCUCACGCAACCAUGGACUUGUUAUGCUACAUGUUUCUAAACAGAAAGAGCUUGGAACUUUGAACUCCGAUCUUCGUGCUGCGAAGGAGCGGAUUGGCGCCUUGAUGUUUGCAAUUGUGCUGAACCAUCCGUCAUCAUCACUUCUCCGUGUUAGGUGAUGUCUCAGGAUUCUGGGCGGGUUUUCAACUUAUAAAUCGAGUGAUAACUUUAAGUUUCAGCGUUUUUUCAAAGCGUACUCGACAGACACAUUAAAAAAUAGGAAUGUCAAUCAGUUCUUCAGUUAUAUAAAUUUUCAGAUUAGAGAUUCCAAAGUUCACAUUGGAAAACAGGAAUCAUUGGCAUAAUUGGUUAAAAUUUAUAGGCCUAUUGUACAUUUUAUACGAAUCUGUUUCUAAUCUUGCAAAAUUGGCUUAUUGGUAAUUAGGUAUCACAGGAGUCUAGAUUGUAGUUGGAGAAAGAUUUCGGACUGUUGCCGGAAUAAUUAGCGGAAGAGGGUUAACGAAGUUGAAAUUUAUACGCUACACCUAUUGUCAUACUUUGCAAAUGCAAAUUAUGAUGAUUUUGCACUUUUAACGUUGUCUUCGCCGAUACAGAUACUGCUCGAUUCCAAGAUAGUCCUGAGAAUCACAUGAAAGUGUUACAGCUUCUAUCAUACGGCAUUCGAUAUCAGUCCGGCCAUCUACGUGGCUGUUCCAGAUUUUACAGUACCAUCAUGACAGAUGAAUUACUCCCAGAUUUUCCUCCUGGACCACUUGAUAGGUAUAGAAAACAAGCAAGUUUUGAUUGGAAGAAACUGAAACUUCACGUAGAGAACGAAGAGAUAUUGAAGUUCAAAAUUUAUGCAAAAACUUCUGCAUUUAUACAGUACAAUCCUUCUUUAGCUGUAAAAGAUGGAGUGGCAUUUGACUUAUUUAUGAAUACCAUACGAGGCAUGGGAUCAGGACGGCAUUAUGAUUUCAUUGAAGAAUGUGCAAAUAGAAAGAUUUGUGGUUGUUUUGCUUUGACUGAAAUUAGCCAUGGUACAAAUACAAAAGGAAUGAGAACAACAGCAACAUAUGAUCCACAGACACAAGAAUUUGUACUUAACUCCCCAGAUUUUGAAGCAGCAAAAUGUUGGGUUGGGGGUCUAGGUAAAAAUUCUACCCAUGCUGUAGUGUUUGCAAAAUUAAUUACUGAAGGUGUAGACCAUGGAUUGCAUGCUUUUGUGGUUCCUAUUAGGAAUCCCACUACGUUUUUAGCAUUUAGUGGUGUAAUAGUUGGAGACUUGGGUGCGAAAGUUGGUCUUAAUGGUGUGGAUAAUGGAUUUGUUUUAUUUAAUAACUACAGGAUUCCCCGUGAAAAUCUUUUAAACAAAAUUGGUGAUGUGACUCCUGAGGGGAAGUACACAACUCCUAUAAAAGAUCGUAAUAAACGAUUUGGUGCAUCACUUGGAGCUCUCUCUGGUGGCAGAGUAUCGAUUGUGCACAUUGCACUAGCUUACCUCACAAAGGCACUUCCAAUUGCUGUCCGUUAUUCGGCAACAAGAAAACAGUUUGGUACUAGUGAUGAUGAGGAGCUACCAGUUCUAGAAUAUCAACUGCAGCAAUGCAGAUUGUUCCCAUACAUAGCUGCAGCAUUUGCUAUAAAACAUUUUGGUGAUUACCUAGGGAAAAUUUAUGGUGACUCUCAAAUUCGAUCAAUUUUUGGAGAACCAGCUGAAAAUGCUGCAGAGUUAGGAAUAGAAAUUCAUGCAGUGUCAUCAGCAGGGAAGCCCAUAGCAGGGUGGAUUACUCGAGAUGCCAUUCAAGAGUGUCGAGAAGCUUGUGGAGGACAUGGAUAUUUAAAAGCUAGUAAUUUAGGUGACCUACGAAACGAUAAUGAUGCUAAUUGCACAUACGAAGGAGAAAAUAAUGUGCUUUUGCAACAGACAAGUAACUGGCUUCUUCAACUUUGGUCCCAGAAAAAGAAAGGUUCAACAAUCAAGACUCCUCUUGGAUCAGCAGAUUUUCUAUCGAACUCAGACUCUAUAUUUUCAUCUAAGCUUAUUAUCCCCUCCUUAGAUGUAGCAACUCAUCCAGACACAAUUAUUGCGGCAUAUAAAUGGCUGAUAUGCUGGUUACUUGAAGAAACUGAAAAGCGAAUUGAGCAACAAAUCAAGUUGGGUAAAGAUGCAUUUACUGCUAAAAAUAAUGCUCAAGUAUUCUUUGCAAAAACGCUUUCGAUUGCCUUUAUUGAGCAUUUUAUUUUAUCUCUUUUUUGGACAUCUAUUCAGUCUAAUAAAGAUGAGCAACAACAUUCUAUCCUUAAAACACUGUGCUCCUUAUAUGGAACUUGGAGUUUGGAAAAACAUUUGGCAAUUUUAUAUCAAGGUGGAUUUGCAUCUGGGCCUAAUGCUGCCCGGUAUAUACGAGAAGGAAUUGUGGAGUUGUGCCAGAAAAUUAAGAAUGAUGCAGUUUCUUUGGCUGAUGUUUUAGCUCCUCCAGACUUCAUUCUCAAUUCUGUAUUAGGAAGGUCGGAUGGGAAAGUGUAUGAAAAUUUACAGUCAUUUUUGUACCAAACACCAGAAACCUUUGAAAGGCCAAGCUGGUGGAAAGAAGUUGCAGCCACUCCAUCUUCAAAACUGUAGAUGAAAUUGAUUUAAAUUUUAUUUACAGCAGUAUUAAAUUCUGUAGGAUACUUUGCUGGGAUGGUACUAAUACAAGAAUACUACAUUUUAUUUUUGAAAUAAGAAAAUAUAUUUCAAUACAUAUAUUUUUAUAUAAAAAUAUUUUAAAAUAUUUUUCUGUUAAUUGUGGAUGAACAUGUUACUGGAACCGUGAUUUUAAAUAAUUAUUUUGUAUAUUGUAAAAAAAUAUAAAUUGUUGAAAAAUAUAUACAUUUUAAUUUGUUAUUUAAGAUUUUUUAUAUAGCACCAAGUCACCUUGUCCCUUAAAAUUAGCAUAAACCCAUAACAAAAAUUUACAGAUUUUAAUACUGGAUCUGUCAAACUACAUCACUUGCUGGCAGCAUACCUACAUUUUAACAUUUAGCUUAUUAGAAAGCCCAAACAUUUACAACUUUCAGAAGAGCCACACAACAGACUAAAGUAUUCACAAGGAGUGUUCAUGUAUUAUUUGGCUAGUUCACCCUCACUUUUUUGAGUUGCAAAAUCUACUCAAUUCAACUCUCUAUUUCCUUGAAUAUUUGUAGAAGGAUUGAGAGAGAUCAAUGUAUGAUCAAACACCGCAAUAUUCAUUUAAAAACAUCACGGGGUCUAGGGUUGUUGAUGAAUUCUUUCCAAAUUUAGUGCUGUAACUCUGAGAUUCAGAUGUUAGAACCACAGGCUUUGGAUAGUUGAAAGCACAGGUUAAGUAAGCUUUUGAUACAAAUACAGGUGUGAUCUACCACAUAUAAAUUGUACAAUUAUAUCAUCUCUCACAAAUUAAUACUUAUUCCAUAAGAAUAUUAUAAUUUAGAGCGAUAUGUCUUUACCAUUUCUUUCCACCACUUGGGUCGUUCCAUUACACCAGGUGUUUGAAGCAUAUGGGACUGGAGGUGUUUAUACACCUGACCAUCUGACAUUCCCAAAACUGAGUUUAGAAUAAAGUCAGGUGGAGCCAAUACAUCAACCAAAGUUAUUGCUUCUGGUUUUAGUUCUUCACAGAGCUGCAAUACACCCUGCUUUAAAAGUUUGGAUGU